CCGACUCACCCAAACUCAGUCCCGCCGGUGCCAGAGUGGUCGCCAGCCCUGACAUGAUCAUUAAGUUAGUCGUGAAGUCUAGGGAAGACCCGCGGUGUCGGGAUGGCCAGAACACCGUCAGGAGGAUUUUUACUGGUGCUUCUGACCGUCGUGGCAGCCGAAUUUCACCCUCCAGCCUACCCUCAGAGUAGGAUGUUUCACACUCCAAACUUCCCUCCUGAUUUUGCUCAAACUCAGCGAGGCUUCAGAGUGCCAUCAUGGAGGAGGAACCAUCCAUCGUCGUCACCAAACAGGAUACCACACAUGGCUGUGUCGCUACGUGACCUCACUAGCAGCGUAUAUCACAGAGGAAAACAGAACCUUCUUACUCCAGGAGCUCGUUCUCGACACCCGACAGAAGGAUUAAAGCUCAACAAGAGAGGACAGACGCACCUUCACAACAGGAUGGAAGAGAGAGGCAACACGAACACUCAACAAGACGCCAGAUAUCCAUCUCACCCCCACCCACGACCACCUCCCAGGCACCAGUCAAUUCCUCCAACCAUCCAAAACCAACGACUACUACUUCCAAGACGUUUUCCUCUUCCUGGUUAUCCUCCCAGAAUUCCACCAGACGAAAACAUUCCCCUGGAGGUACUGCAGCUGUUACCUGACGCGGUGAAGGGGGUGUACUCCCGCUACUCCACCACCACCAGCACAGCCAAGCCACCAGUCAUAUGGUUCCCUAACACCACCCCAGAGUGUGAGACGUCAGGAGGCAGCAGCAGCUUUAACACCUUCAGCUUCCUGGCCAUGGUGGUGUCCGUCACUAACCUAGUCUCCAUCCUGGCCAGCAACGCCAACAAUAACCUCAACAACAACGACGACAACAACAACGUCAACAACGACAACAUCCAGGGAGGGAACGAGAACAACAAUAAUAAUAACUUGGAUUUGCUUACCAUGGUGACUUUUGGUGGUCGUAAACGUCGCCAUCUUCAACUUCUCACCACCAACAAUUCUCUCCCACAACACCAUCUCACGCCCAUACUCGACGACGUGACUGCAGGUACGGGCGUCCUGUUCUUGAGGGCGUGGUAUCGAUCAACCCGAGCUGUUGUAGCAGAUGAUGAUGUACAAACCGAUGAGGAAAAAGUUCAAGUGAAGGUGAAGUCAUCAGCUUCGAAUAGCCGUGACGAGGAAUGGAUUAAACUUCCGUUCUGGGAAAACACAGGGGGUUAUUCAGCCACGCCCAAAGUGAAGUCUUUGGCGUCCCUUGGGUGCAUAAAGAGGAGUCUAUGUGAGGCGAACCACAGGAGCGUCGCGUUAGGGCGUCUAGCUCACGACGUGGCUGAAGUACUAAGCGUCGCCUUCGUGGAUUUCCUGAUGCCCGGGUCCUCGUCUUCGUCGUGGAGAUCGGCGUUACUGCGGGCAGGUGGGCGUGGGCGUAGUGGGUGGGACUGUGAAGCCACCUAUCAAUGUGACCCCCAAGAAUGGGCGGGCCUCAACGCCUACCACCACCACCACCACCCACUAGACGCCCACAACCUCACCGCGUGAACAACACCGCCCAUACUCUUACUAAGAAUAAACAUAUUAAGAUUAUUUGUGGUUUCCAUUUGUUGUCGACCUUAUGAGGAGACCGUGAAGGAGACAAUAUUACAAAUAUUGCCUCCACUAUACGACACACUUUAUAUUCGCUCGUUAACGUAUGUGAAUGGGUUCCUCACUCCUGGCAUACGACCCGUGCAGGUAACGGUGAUGUCCCGCAACACUCACUGUUCAUCUAGGCCACAGGUGUGACUGCCAUACAACAGCUCACACAUAAUCCUCACCACCACCAUCUGGGCGUAAACACUCGUGGCUAACGGCCCGGGUCAGCGGGACGUGAACGGUUCCCUGCGAUCAUAUACGUGCAGAGAACGAGGUGUUAGAUUGGCAGUGUAAGACGCGCGUAUGGGUACCUGUGUGUGUGAGUAACGGUGCAUGACCGGAGAAUCUGACACCAGUCCCCCGCUGUGUUAAAUUCACGACGACAAAAACCAACACUUGAUAAGCCGUCGAGUGGUUUCAAGGGCCGCGCUAACUGUUGAUGACGGACUGUGGGAACAUGAGGCUACACCCGAGCUGAGGGCUGCGUCUUGGUGUCGUGGUGACCCCAGGAGGAGUCCAGCUGCAAGAGCGUAAGACUUCUUUCUCCCGAAGCAGAGCUGGAAACGUAAAGGUUUACGUGGCGGACGACUGAGAGGAACUCUGUACAUCUUAUGGAGGGUGGAGUGUUGUGUGUGUUGCUGCUGGUCACCUCUACACUCUGUGCUGGUCAGUUGGUCCGCCCUAGGAGUAAUGCUGUUACCAGUCGAUGGCUCAGCCCGUCACGAGUCCUAGCAGGGCGUCAUCCUAGCAUCCCUCACGGGCAGAUGAGGGAGUGGGGAGGAGCGAGUUACCCCACCUCCAAGACAGCCCCUCAACACAACACACUCACUGAAGGAAACAUGUUGGAGCUACCAAUUCCUCUUCGACCUCGUCCCCUUCUCUCACGACACCGUCACGUCCACAGGCGUCCUCCAGGAGUCCUGCUGUCGCGUCUCCAGCCCCGAAGGAACUCCAUGGAUGUUCCCGUGGUGGCGCCUUUGCCGCCCCGGGAGGUAAUGGAGGCGCUGCCGGGGGCCAUCUCCAGGGUGAUGACUGCCUACAACCCGUCUAUCAAGGACCCCACGACCACCACCACACAACCACCAGUCAUAUGGUUCCCAAACCAGCAGGAGGACUGUCAGCAGGAGAAUUCAGGCGGGGGCUUCAGUACCUUCAGUCUAUUGGCGCUGCUCAUGUCGGCGACCAACCUGGUGGGCAUCCUGGCCAGCAACGCCAACAACAACCUUAACAACAACAACAACAACGACAACAACAAUAACAACAACAUACAGGAUGGUAACGAGAACAAUGCCAACAACAACGCCAACAUCUUCACCAGAAUCACCACAGGCACGGGCAAGAAGAGGAGGAGGAGGAGGAAGAGGGAGGAAAAAAGAGAAGAGAAGGACGACGUGUGUUGGGUUCGGGAAGAGGAGACACUCACAGCAGAGGAGGUGUCAUCGGUAGUGUCACUUGGGUUCCUACGCUCCUACCUGCAGGCGUCCCUCACCACACAACCUUCCUGCCUCACACGGUCACUCUGUAGGGCUAAUGCUGCCGCGGCCGAGUGGGGAGACCUGGCCCUCAUCCUAGCCCAGGCACUCAGUGUAGCUCACGUGGAGUGGGUGUCUCAGAAUGUGGUGGGGGUGUCCAAGAAGGCCCUACAGGAAGCUGCCGCAGAGGGACGUAGUGGGGCGUCCUGUGACCGUCGAUAUAGGUGUCCUGCUGCUGUAUGGGCCAAGUUGAGGGACAACCAGGCUGUUAUGGAUACGUUUCUGCGUCUUAGUGGGCAAGUGGACGCUCCCUAGUGACGUCUGAGGCUAGAUUAAGACCUCUUGAGGGUAAUGUUAAGAUGCCAUUGACGUCUGAGGGUAACACAUGGAUUCCUAUGUGUAAUACUAAAAAGACAUAGACGACUGAGGGUGACAGAUGAACUCAACGGACGACUGAGGGUGACAGAUGAACUCAACGGACGACUGAGGGUGACAGAUGAACUCAACGGACGACUGAGGGUGACAGAUGAACUCAACGGACGACUGAGGGUGACAGAUGAACUCAACGGACGCCUGAGGGUGACCGACGGAUUCUACGGACGCGUGAGGGUGACAGAUGGACUCAACGGACGCCCUGGACUCCAACAAAACAAUCUACCUCUGUAAAAACCUUCAUUCUCAUCCUAAUAAACAUUCAUCAUAA